AUGUCCAAUUCCAAAUCCAAAUCCCCUCCCCUCCAACCGGACUCCCACUACGACGCCUUCACCCUCGACCUUCUCCUCCGCGUCCUCAACCGCACCCUCCUCCACCCCUGGAUCGCAUGGGUCCUCGUCAUCUGUCUCCGCGCCCAAGUAACCCCCUACACAGACCCGGCCUUUCUGAUCGCGACAGGCUACGCCACUGUCCUGACCGUUCUGGCCGCCUUGCGGUUCCUCAACCGGCGCGUCGCGUACGGGGGCCCGCGGACCGUGGAUCCGAGCAACGAGGUCGUCGUCGUGACGGGCGGGGCGAGCGGGUUGGGGUUGUUGAUUGCGAGGGUGUAUGGGCUGAAGGGUGCGAGUGUGGCAGUUUUGGAUGUCAAGGAUGAACAGGAGUUGAAGGGUUCUUGGGAGGAGUGUCCUGGGGUGGAUUAUUAUCGGUGCGAUAUUGGGGUGAGGGAGGAGGUGGAGGGGGUCGCGAGGAGGAUUGAAGCGGAGCUGGGUCCGCCUACGGUGCUGGUCAAUUGCGCCGCAGCGCGUAUUAAUGGCCAGUCGCUGCUGUCCCUGUCGGCCGACGCCUUCCAGAAAACCAUCCAGACGAAUCUGCUCGCCGUGUUCCAUACCUGCCAAGUGUUCGUGCCGCGCAUGUUGGCCAACCCGUCCGGGGGCACCGUGGUGAACGUGAGCUCCGUGCUAGGUCAGCUGUGCGCUGCCGGUCUCGCCGAUUAUUCUGUGAGCAAGGCUGGUCUGAGCGCGCUCCACCGUACACUGGAGGCCGAGCUUCGUAGGUCGGGAGACAAUAAGAAGGUGAAAUUAGUCCUGGUCGAGACGGGGCAGAUAGCCACGCCGCUAUUUCAGUCCGUUCAAACACCGAAUAGUUUCUUUGCGCCCGUGCUCGAACCGGUGCACGUUGCUCAGGAAAUCGUGUCGGCAAUUGACAAAGGUCGUGCGGGUGUGAUUCGAAUGCCCACCUUCGCGUCGCUAGUCAAUUGGUAUGCGGUGUUGCCGGUCAGUCUGCAGCGAUUUGCCCGGUUUCUGAGCGGCAUCGACCAUGCGGUUGCACAAGAGUCGUCCGUUGCAGGGUCAGACAAAGUAGCGGGGCCAUCGCAAACUGCCUGA